UGUGAAACUGAGGAGAACCAGGGGGAACAACUUCUAAAACAAGGGGAGGUAUCAGUGAGAUAGCUACAAUGACAGAGCCAACAGCCACUGAGAAUAAGAAACCUCCUGCUGGUUUGAGUGGGCGAAGAGCCAUCCCACCCAAUGUCUCCAAUGCAGAAGAAGAUGAAGUACCUGAAGUAGAGACAAUUGGUGUGGUGCCAAGAGGAUUUAAGAGAGAAGAUGUCCUGGAAGUCCAAGAUGUCAAUUUAUUCAGCCGUGAAUAUGAAAUUAAUAAGAAAGAGCACCACACAGACAAAUACUACCAUUUCAAACUGAUUGUGCGCCGAGGACAGAUUUUCCAUCUUCAGAUUACAUUCAGUCGUGCAUACAAUCCAGAGAAGGACCAAUUCUGGAUUGAGUAUCUUAUAGGACGAUAUCCACAACAAAACAAAGGCACCUACAUCCCAGUUCCUUUGGUUCAAGAGCUGGAAAGUGGGAAAUGGGGUGCUAAGAUCACCCACAGGGCCAACAAUUCUGUGGCCUUGAAUAUUAUGCCAGCUGCAAACUGCAUUGUGGGAAAAUUCCGCAUGUAUGUUGCAGUAUUGACUCCAAUGGGCAUUCUCAGAACAAGACGAAACCCAGACACUGAUACUUACAUAUUGUUCAAUCCCUGGUGUACAGAGGAUGCAGUGUUUCUGGAUGAAGAAAAAGCAAGAGAAGAGUAUGUCCUGAAUGACCUUGGGGUUAUUUUCUAUGGGGACCCUGAAAAUAUAAGAUCGAGGAGUUGGAACUAUGGUCAGUUUGAAGAAGGAGUUUUGGAUGCUUGCCUAUACUUGAUGGACAGAGCACAACUGGACCUUGCUGGCCGAGGGAAUCCUGUCAAAAUCAGCCGUGUUGGCUCUGCUAUGAUCAACUCUAAAGAUGAUGAGGGUGUAGUUUAUGGGUCUUGGGACAACGUUUAUGAUUAUGGAGUGGCCCCAUCAGCUUGGACUGGAAGCGUAGACAUUCUAUUGGAGUAUUACAGUACUAAACAGCCAGUGCGGUAUGGGCAGUGCUGGGUCUUUGCUGGCGUUUUCAAUACUUUUCUGAGAUGUCUAGGAAUUCCUGGGCGAGUCAUAACUAACUAUUCUUCAGCUCAUGAUAAUGAUGCCAACUUACAGAUGGAUGUGUUUGUGGAUGAACAUGGAAAGGUGGACUCCAAACUCACAAGAGAUUCAAUCUGGAACUAUCAUUGCUGGAAUGAAGCUUGGAUGUCCCGACCUGACCUUCCUGUUGGUUUUGGUGGCUGGCAAGCUGUAGAUAGUACUCCUCAAGAAAACAGUGAUGGCAUGUAUCGGUGUGGUCCAGCUUCUGUUCAAGCCAUCAAGCAUGGACAUGUCUGUUUCCAGUUUGAUGCACCUUUUGUUUUUGCAGAGGUGAACAGUGAUGUUAUAUAUUCAAAAGCAAUGAAGAAUGGAACUAAAGUGGUUCAACAUAUUGACAAAACCCAGAUUGGAAAAUUAAUUUUGACUAAAGAAGUGGGUACAAAUGAAAUGAAGGACAUCACUGAGCAUUACAAAUUCCGAGAAGGUACAGAAGAAGAAAGACUGGCCCUGGAGACUGCCUUGAUGUAUGGGGUUAAAAAAUCUGAAACUGAGGAUGCCUCAUCCAGUACAGAGGUUGACAUGAAUAUUGUGGUGGAAGACUCAACUCUUGGCAGUGAUUUCACUGUCACUAUUACUUUUCAAAACAAAACCCCAAGACGCUACACUGCAACAGCUUAUAUUUCUGGCAAUGUUGUGUUUUAUACUGGAGUCUCAAAGACUCAAUUCAAGGAUGACAGCUUUGAUGUGACGCUGGAACCCAUGAAAGUUGAAACUCUUGAGGUGCUAAUCGAGUCAAGCGAGUACAUGAGCAAGUUGGUGGAACAAGCUUUCCUACAUUUCUUCGUCACGGCCCGUGUCAAUGAACUACAAAAGAUCCUGGCCCGGCAGAAGACUGUUUCACUGAAAAUCCCCCAAUUGCUCCUCAAG